AUGGCGUCACCAGUGCAGCCAGAAGAGUUGCGUGCCUCUGAAACAGAUGGUUCGAAACUCACAACAAUGGUCGAACAUCAACUAGUCUAUUUCACUCGCACAGACGAGCCCUGUCAUGAAGUUUCCAGCUGGGACAUUGUUUUAACUACUUUGUCUAUAUUGUUUCGGCUCAUUAGUAUCAGUUUAACCCUUCUGCUCGCCUAUGAAUACUACAAGAAUGGAAGGACGAUUUACUGCGGGAUUACAUUAGUUGGACUCGUCAUACCAGCCAUCAUCACCGCUUUGUUGAGUCUGUUGAUGUACCUCGACGAUACGCGUCGAAUGCGCCGAGAAGUGCAACCUGUUUGCAACACAUGCCUGUGCGUUGUAAUCGUACCAUUUUUCUGUAGGUACUGGCAUUCAUUACGCCUUUCGUACACCUGUUAUAAGGCAAAGCGGCGACAAGACUUGGUUGUUCAGAAACGUACAUAUGAACUACUGGUGCAAGAAGACAGUGAUGUCGCUCUUCUGCGCAUUUUCGAAUGUUUGCUUGAAGUGACGUUACAAAAGAUCCUGCAGCUUACCAUAGUUCUUUCAACGGGGCCUAUCACUGUGCUGCAAAUGCUUGCAAUCGUCAGCGCGAUGGGAAGUAUUGCCUGGUGUAUGGCGUCUUACUAUCGCUGUGUGCGAUUUGCUCGUUUGGACAAACGCCACAUCCCAUGGUCUGGUACUAUUGUUCAGAUCGCAUGGCAAUUUGCUGUUACGGUAGCGCGCGUUCUCGCCAUUGCAACGGUAGCUAGCGUGUUUCCUUUAUACUCUGUUCUUGCAUGUACCAUCCAUGCCCUUGUGAUGACAAUAUGGGUAUUCGUUUACGAACGUCCCAGCUUUUGUGGUGUCUCUGUUGGGCAACGUGUUUUGUUGUCUUUUGCCUUCGGUACAGUGUUCAUUUUUAAUUAUAUUCCGUUACAAGAAGGGCCGACACGUUUGCGCUAUACUAUGUUUUACGCAUUAUGCUUUCUUGAAACGAUUGCAUGUGGAAUACUGUAUUUGAUAUUCGUGAAUAAUCCCACAAUACAGCAAUCGACUCUCUGGACCGCAGUUCUGUGCUCUUUUCCGACUUUUACGUUUGCGAUCGGUAUAUGUUUGAUGGUAUUAUUUUACAAAUACUGUCAUCCAAAUAUCACCUCCCGCCAAUUAGAACCACAUUUAACAGAGUAA